AUGCCUUCAACCAUGAACAAUAUUAAUAUUGACAGUAGCAACAUCGUGAUCAUUGACAAUAAUAACAAUGUCAAAAAGAAGCGAAAUAUUUUUCAGAAAAGUGGAUCGAAAAUUGCUUCAAAAAGUAAAAAGUUUUGUCGUCUGUUUAAUGGGAAUUAUAUCUGCAAAGGGAAAAGCAAAAAAAAUACCAGACAACCAUCAACGUUAGAUGUUCAGAUGGUGCAAGAAACAAAAGAUAUGAGAACUGCUGUUUCAUAUCAAGGAUUUAAUCCUACAUAUCCAAUACAACCAACUCAAGUCCCUAUUAUUGAUAUCAAUAAUGACGUUAACGUUAACGCUAACAAUUCUGAUGUUACUUGUUGUAAUUACGAUAAUGUUAAUGAUAAUAGUAUUUCCAAUAAUCUAAAAACAAACAUAAUCCAACAAACCAAUAGAAUAUUAGACGAAACAAUUACUUCCAUUAGUGACAAUAACCUUGUAGCCAUUGACUCCACCACUACUGAAUAUCAAUUAACAGCCUACGAUAUUGCAUGGGCUGCAAUGAUCCCAACUCCUAAAUACAAACAAACCAAAGAUCCCAGAGAUUUCAUGUUGUCGUUCCCUGAAUGUUUUCGAUGGCUGGUGAAUUAUCAGGAUCUAAAAGGAAGUUGGGGAAAGAUCGGCGUGAAAAGUAUUGUUCCCUCCUUAUCGUCACUUUUGUCGCUUAAAUUUUUUAGAGCUUGUGCGGGUGAAUAUUUCCAAGAAAAAUUGGAAGAUAUCGGAAUUACAACUGAUCAUUUUCAGCAAGUGGUUGCAAAAGGCGAAGCGUUUCUUCGUAAAACUCUAAAAAAUUGGAAUAUCGACGACAACCAGCCUAUCACUUCAUACGAAAAAAUGAUCCUAUAUUAUCUUGAGGAGCUUGAAAAAUUCAAUCCACCCAUCACUUUUGAUUUUCCAUCAAAACAAAAACUAAGAAAUAAUAAUCUCAUCAACAAUGACAUAAAUAAGCCAUUAUUAACAAAUGAUACUAAUCAUCGAUCAUUAUUUAACAUUAAUCCUGACUAUAUUCCAAUAGAGACAUUAAUGAGCAUAGUGUCCCUUCCUCAAUCUCAUUCUCCAGAUUUCUUUAUUCUUCAGAACAAUUAUCAGACAUCACCAGCAGCCACCGCUUCUUAUUUAAUCUUAGCUCCGUAUUGGGAUCAGGAAGCAUUCGGAUUGCUUCAGAAUUCAGUUAACAAUUGGAGAAUAGUUCUUGCGACAAUUGGUCAAAAUAUUAAAACUACAUCCACACCCUAUUAUGAUUUCGAAUCUUGUUUUGUGAUCGAAUGUCUUGGUGAAUUAAUUAUGGACAUUGAUAGUGCAUCACCAAAUGACAAUAAUUUUUCACCAUCAUUUUAUCAAGAAUGGCAAAUGAAAUUCGAAGACACUGUUAAAUAUCUAAGAGAUCAGCUCGAAGAACAAGAUGGUAUUUUCUUGACGAGAACUCCUCAUAAAGAUAAUAAAUCCCUAUAUGAGAUCAAUUGUACCGCACUCGUCUUACGCUUGAUUACACAAUUUGAUCCGUUAAAUCGUAUGGAAGUUGAACCGUUUAUCCAAUCGUUUUGGAAUGGAAAAUACUUUAGUCACCUACUCAAUCACAAUCAAAAAGUUACGUCGACUAUAUACAAUGCCCACGCGUUAACUAUUCUGUUGAUAGAACGUGAAAAGUUGAAAACCCAAAAAAAAUACAGGAUCUCUUAUGAAGUGGAGACAGCCCUCGGAAAACAAAGCUUCAACCUCGACUAUCUAAUCAACAGCACAAUAUUAUUCAUCCAGUCACAACGCACCGAAAACUUUGUUUGGUUGGAUGACGCGCCACACGCUACGCCAUGGUACACCACGAUGCAGACCAUAAAAACACUUUUAUCACUUGUCGAGCAUCCACGAACCCUUGUCUCAACCUCUUUCAAGAACAAACCGUCGCUUAUGGCAUAUUGUCGCUCAACUAUUGAUCAUGCGCUCGCCACACAGCAUCCAGACGGUAGCUGGGGAGAAACUCCCGCGUAUGACGCGCUAGGAAAUCUAGAGGAAACGAGUUACGUCGUACGAUUGUUGAAAAUCGCGAAUGAAUAUUGGGCAUCAGAUCAUGCAUUAAUGAACGCGCUUGCAAGAGGAUGUGAUUAUCUUCUUCGACAUUUUGAUGCUGCAAUGAAUGAUCCCAGUUAUUUUUAUAAUUGUGAGCCUCCGCUUUGGGGAAAUUAUAUGGCGCAAAGAUUGAUCCGUGCGUCGAUACUUUGCGCACUUAGUGAUCCAUCUUUAAAAAACAAAGAAGAUAAUAUUGAUAGUUAUUAA